CGAAUUUGAGAACCGAGAACUCUAAAAAAUUUUCUGUACUCUAACCCUGCAUUUGAAGAGAACUUGUACACUGUGAGAAUUGCGUAAGGCCAGCUAAAUUUCCAGCCGAUUCGCGCUGUACCCUGCACUUUUGAAUACAUGUUCUGAAUGCCGGUAUUCUCGGACGGAAGUCGCUCAUUGGUCCUGGCUGACGUUCCCUAAGCUCUAUUGGAAGGUCGGCUUUCUCAUCAAAACUCACUUUAAAAGGGGGCUAAACGAACAUCAUAAGUGGGUGAGGCUACUGCGUAUAACCUUUUGCUGCUGAAACGACUUUAUGGAAUUCAGCCGCAAAAGUUUUGCGCAUUCACAGAAGCGCGGACUACUGCUUUCCUUAAACAACGGUUUAGUUUCGCUGUUAUCAAGGGAAAUGUUGCAUCUGUGUUAGGCACUUUACCUUUUAACCCCCGGGAGGAGAUAGAUUCUGGUUUAUUUGUUUUAUUUUAUUUGGACGGUUGCUGCAUAUUAAAAAUUGUUCGGAAGUCGUCUUGCCGGCGCCAACCAGUUUUCAUCUGUAUUCGCAUGAACCCGGUUCGCAAACGCGCGGAGCUUGAAAAGUUUCCGAAAAUGCACGGUCACUGUGACCUAUGAGACUACUUUAAUUUUCCGGCAGCCCUACGGCAUACGGCAGCGUUAAGUGCAGAAACGAACACUACCCCUAGAAUGGGGUCGCAGUCCCCGCGUUUCCAGGCCCAGUCUGGCACAGUCCCUGACGGUCACAGUCACAGAAGUCAUACGGACUCCAACCCAGUCCAACCCAGUGUCACAGACUUCAGCAAUACCCCACCAAGCUGGGGUCUGGUCCCACGUGCCUCCCUACAUUUUCUAUUGUUUGUUGCUCGGCAUUUUAGAUCACAAACAGUCUUUUAUAUAAGUCGGGUCCGGAUUCUUAUUUCUGAAUAGUUUCGGGAAUAGUUUCGGGAAGCGACUCGCCCGGUCGGCUAAAUCUGCGGCUCUCAAGGCCUAUAUCUAUCCUUUUCGUAACAUGGUUAAUAGCGGGAAGAUUUUGGUUUUUCGUCCUCGAUCUUAUGGCAAAGUAUGCAGCAGUAUUGUUAACCCACCACACCGUAAAUGUAUGGAGAAUGGUGAUCGGCCAUAUUUUGUGCUUGGUGAAGUCACGCAUAAAGCUGGCCACUCUCCAAACAACAAAGACUACGAAUGCUUUACUAUUGUCAGUACAAAAUAGAGCGCAGAUCAGUGUAUCCGGCAUUCCGGCGACGUUUGGCUGGCAGAGAUUUCAUCAGCUAUCAGAACACCGUCGUUGUACAGAUGGCAAAAGAUAUGUGCUGGCUGGGAUUCAUCCAGGACAUUAACGGUGACAAGGUGCUGGUUGACUUUGAUUCGUCCACAGUGCCUGCACGUAACAUCCCCGCUUCGCGCGUCUGGCCGCUACAGUUGGUGUCCAGUGAAGGUGUCGAAUAUGAGAACAUGUCAGCAUUCGCAGCUCUUCGCGAUGAGCAGGAUGGUCCCUUCCGUUUCCGUCCCGUCAGUGUGCUGAGUUUUGUUAAGGACUGCAAAAUGUUUUUUAUCUCCACAGACAGCUUGCCAGCAAGUGACACAGCGCCGGUAACUCAAAUUUCCGUUGUGGAUCGGUGCCAGAUCGUCAGCCGACUGCCAUUCGGCGAGCCGCUGCUGCUGGCCCGAACGAGCGGCAUUCUCUACACGCGCCUUGAAUUCCCCUUUGCUACGUCACAAUUGGUUGUGGAAAGUGCCACGGAGGCAACGCGUUUCAUUGACACAUUUCGCCAACUGUACACUUCGCACCCGUCGCUUUCGGACAUGGAGGACAGCUGUCGUUUCCAUCUGCGAAUCGGGUCGGAUCAGUGCACGUUCAUUGUCGUGGGUAGCCAAACAGACAGUGCAACCAUUCAAUGGACAGCGGAGAUUCUGCGGAAUAUACUGGACCAGCAUGCAACAUGCCGUGCCAGUGUGCCCAUGGCUCUUGUGGCCCAGACAGCGGAGUGCUCGGAGGGCUUUGGGGGCUUCGCAGAAAGUGAUGAGAUGAUGGCCAAGGAUACCGGCACAACCUGCACGGCCGGCUGUUUGUGCCAUCUCCCACUCGUACUCGUGACCGAGAUCCUGGAAUUUCUGGAUUUGCACACGCAGGCUCGCGCCAUGCGAGUGUGUGCAUUGUGGCAACUGAUCCUGACCAAUCCCCACGCGACGCACCACAUCAGUAUUCUAACCGAGAACCUGACUCCGACACCGUACGGGGAGCACCAGUGUUGCCGCACGGCGGGAGUGUUGUUGCGGAGCAUCACCCGUCACACGAAGAGCGUCACCAUCACGGCACGCGCCCACGACUGGGAUGCGGAGCUGUUCGACUGGCACUGCGCGCGCUUGGUGCAGAAGUUACUGAAAGUCAGCGACAUAAAGCUGCCGUUCCUCGUGUUGAAGUCCUUCUGCCUGACAUACGUGGUUCCUGCAGUGCUUCAGGUCUUCGAACCGGUCUGCGAACAACUCAUCGUUCGUGGAUGGAAAUUGUGCGGAGCGCUGUUGGGCGUGAUGCGAUCGGAUGUGGAUGCCCUUAUGACGCCCUGUACUCCCUUACCGGAUCACGAAGAGCGCUUCAUCAGCACGGCCAGUCCGGAAAACCCGCAGUCGGUUCUGAAUGGGACGCUGACCAUUCCGCACUUGGCUUGUGUGUGGCGCGACGGCCGGGAGCACAUCAGCCGGGCGUUCAUGUGCGCCCUGGACCGCUCCUUCCCACCGGCCACGCCCGACGUCUUCGCCAAAGUGGCGGCGGUGCGCACUCGCUGGCGCAACACGCUGGUUUACCCGGAGGAAUGGCAGUCCAUCCGUCACUUCCUAAGCAUGUACAGCGGAUUCUGGCCGGAUGGCAGUCCGCACGCGUGGGAUGAUGUUGACUUGAGAAGUGUCGAUCUUGACCAACUCAGCACACUGGCUUUGUGGGGAAUCUAUGAGAUCUUCAACGUUUGAGUAGUAACAAUGCAUGACUUGUAGCGCUCUUGGAUAAUAUUAUUAUGAUUUUUUGAUAAUACUUGCUACAUGUAUGAGCAGCAAACGUAUGAAUGCUUCUGUACUUACGCCAACCGGGCGAGAGUGUGUGUUGUCUAUACUUUUUCGGCCCUUGUCUCGUAAACAGAAA